AUGAAGCUCUGUUCGAACCUGAUGAAGGCCGCGACUUUGCUGCUUUGCGCAUCAGCAUCCGUCCCAGUCAAGGCCGAAAAUGUCUCUGGCCUUUCGAAGAGCAUCGUUCAAUAUGCGAAUGGGGUCAGAGGACCCCCUGGCCGACAUACCUGCGGCAGCAUCUUUACGGCAUGCGGCUCGGUGGUCAAACGCCAGUUGCACUCCGUUGAGGAUCAAAACAUCACGCUACGAUACGAUCACAAUGCUCUCGCCAGACGCACCAUAGUGCUACCGGAGGGGAACUCCCGCGAAGCGAUGGACAAGUUCAUGUCCAAAGAAUGCGCAAAAACUCCGGUGCGCGGGUGUCCACGAGAGAAUGUGCACCUCAGUGAGAACACUGCAAGUCUUGUCACUUGGGAUCAGAAAGAGGAGAGAAGUGUCAAUGUCGCCAGGCUUGUAGGAUGCACUGCUCUGGUACUCGUAAGCCGGAGGGGUGUGUUCAUGGGACAUUAUUUUGAAGACAUAUCAUUCGACCCAGAGGCCAGAUGGCUCCGGAAGUACGGUGGUAAGGAGAACGCUUUCGACAAGACCGUCAUCGACUUGAUCAAGAACGGGAAGAGAGCCAAAAAUGCACAUCCUUCCUUAGCUGCGGUCAAGGAAAAGAUCGAUGAUUCAUCUCUACGGGCGUGGCUCGUUAUCCCCUCGGAUGGUGCUACGGACGGUCAGGGUAACGCAGUCACCGACCCAUACAGAGAUGCAUGGACAAAGUUGGAAUCCUUUGUGAAGAGGGAGUUCCCGCAACUCAACCAGGAUCUGCGGUGGUCGGAAGUGAAGUAUACCCCACGCCAAAACGAGGAAAAGCUGUACGAUCCUAAGAUUUUCGACAUUGCCGUGGAAGUGACCAAGAAGUCCCGCGAGGAGCUUGACAAAGACGGGCAAAUUGAUUGGGCGUUAUUGGACCAAAAUCAGAUAUUGGAAAUCACGACCGAGGCAGAGGGCCUCGUCACAGACGAUCCGAUUGAUAGUGGGGCGCGUGGAAAAGUGGUUGUGAAGCAUGAUCCGGACACCAAUGGGAAGAACAAGGUGAUGAUGUGGAUGGAGUAUAGCACUCUGUACGAGGACGACUGGUAA